UGCAAGCGUCCCAUAAAUAGUAGGUGUAAGAUUCAAGACAUGCAUAUUGUUUCCCGUGAUUCUGUUUGUCUAUGGUGCCUUUAAUUUAACUACUGGAUUCUGUUACAGAACAAUACAAUGCAUGCAUGGAUUUGAAAAGGGUAAAUUUGAUGAAUAUGAUAGUCUUAACCUAAGUUUGAUUUGGAAGCAUGUCCUUUUGCUGUCAUUAGAGGCGGACCUACGUGCUAUAUUGAGGGGUCACCGGACCUCGUAAACUUCGGUAGAAAUCUUGUAUAUAUAUGUUAUACCUUGAAAAUGGUUAAUUUGAAUUACUUGGCACCCUCUAAAAGUCUUUAGGUAGCACUGAUUGAACCAAACAUUGUGCCCCGUCGCGUUAAAAUCAUGGGUCCGCCUCUGGCUGUCAUGGAUAAAGGUGAUGUUGAACAACCUCUACUACGAGGCCAUGUAAAUUCUUCGAUUCGAUUUAAUGAUAUAAACUCUUUUAAGAGAAGGCGAACACAAUCGAGCAGCAGUACUUGUAAUAUCAGUCAUAUACCACAGACAAAUAAUGAGGAACUGUUUCAUUCCUCUGAGUUCAUUGCUACAGAGAGAUUUAGACUCAGGUCUGUACUCUUAUUUUUGGCUGCCUAUAUAGGCAUCGGAGCGAUUUGCUUCUUCAUAAUCAGGCAUCAAAUCGAAGGAAAAAAGACUAAUGGAAUUCUUGAUGCAAUAUACUUGUGUAUUGUUACAAUGACUACUGUCGGAUAUGGUGAUCUUGUUCCUAAAAGUAUCUUAGCUAAGCUACUCGCGUGUAUAUUCGUCUUCACGGGCAUGGCUCUUGUUGGAUUUGUUCUAAGUAAAGCAGCAGAUAGUUUUCUUGAGAGACAGCAAAUCCUUUUUCUCAAAGCCAUAAAAAUGAGGAAAAAUUAUAGCAGUUCAAAUGAGGUCCUAAAAGAGGUUGAAACGAACAUCGAAAAGUAUAAGUUUUUAAGUGCAUUGGCACUUCUUGUGGCACUUACUAUACUUGGAACAAUUUUUUUAAACCAAGUUGAGGAUCUGAGUUUGUUUGAUGCUUUUUAUUGUGUUUGUGCUACUAUUACUACUCUGGGAUAUGGAGAUAAGAGCUUUUCGACAAAAUGGGGGCGUUUAUUUGCUUCGUUUUGGAUACUGUUGAGCACGAUUUGUUUGGGUCAGUUAUUUUACUCCCUUGCUGAAUUAUACACAGAACAAAGGCGAAAAUCUAUGUUCAGAUGGGUUCUAACUCGGGAGUUGACAAAUUCAGAUCUGCAGGCUGCAGAUCUUGAUCAUGACAGUGAAGUGAGUGCUGCAGAAUUUAUUGUCUAUAAACUUAAAGAGUUGGGGAAGAUAACUGAGGAAGAUAUUUCUGUAGUAAUGGAGAGCUUCAAAAUGCUUGAUGUUGAUCAUUCAGGCACAUUGACUGAAAAGGAUAUUGCAUUAUUACACUCGUCUCGAUCCAAAAGUUGAUAAUCAACCCCUUUAAUAGAUCUGAUUUGAUUAAGUUUUUGUCAUAGAUCAUAGAAAGAUUCUAACGAUGACUGAAGCCUCUAUCUUGAAGGGACGUACAUGUUCCUGCGACUCAAAUGAGUAUUCUUGUUUAUACAGUUACGGCUAUAAAUACUUUUUUUUUCGUAUUAACAAAACAUCCCCUUUUUCUUCGUCCUGAAUAAACACAACCCCUACACAUGCACACCUAGGAGCACCCCUUCAUAUCCAUACAAGACUCGAGUAGGCGAGCCAAGGUGUUUAUUGCUCUUUCCUUGCAGCUAUUUCACUUUAGAGAUUGGUUCACAAGUACAACCUUUGUAACUUCAUGGUAUACUCAUGGAUUGAUCAUUAUUUGAAAGGCUACAAUAUAUUAACUGCCGCUGUUUUCUACUCCUAAUAGUUUAGCUUGAUCAAGAUCAAAUCUAUUCAUCAAAGAGCUUCUCCGAUUGCUGAAGACAUUUUUUUUCAACCGGGAACAAAACAAGGUCGCCUUGCUACUAAUAAGUUAGUACAGUUAUUUUAUUAUGAUUCGUACUCGCCAGAGCCUUGGCGUAACUGGUAAAG